CCUAAAGCAGGGAAUGAGAACCGGUGGCCCUCCAGGCGCUGCUGUGAUCCCCUCAGCCCGGGCCAGCAUGCCCAACGGUCAGAGGCGCAUCCUGGAGGGCGGCCAAGCUUCCUCCCGUGACGAGGCUGCAUUCCCCCUCACAGACUAGGGCGCAGUCAGCGGGACAUGCGCAACUGCGCCUCGGCGGAGGACAAGCGGGGAACAGCCGCGAGGGGAAGAGCGCGGGCAUGUCAGUGUCGGCCAUCGGGUCCCGCCCCCAGAAGCAGCCCGGCCUCCCGCGCCUGCCUCUUCCUCCCGCCGGGCCUCGGCGCUGCCCUUCUCUUUCCUCCCUUAGACGGGGCCAGCGAGACGUGCCAUGGAGCCGCCGCGCGCCGGGACACCCGCAGAAUGCCAGGGGGCGGCGGGGAGCGCGAGGCGCCGGCGACGGUUGGCGACGCGGCCGCUGGCCGUUGGCGUGCUGCUGGUGCUGGCGGCGGUCAUGACCGAGGAGGCGGCCACCGCCGAGGCUGCGCAGGGCUCGGGCGACGAGAAGUGCCACUACUACGCGGGGGGCCAGGUGUACCCGGGCGAGGCGUCGCGGGUGCCCGUCCGAGACCACUCGCUGCACCUCAGCAAGGCCAAGAGUAGGUGCCGGAGAGGCCCGGCGAGGCGAGGGAGGGAAGGAGCGAGCGGGAAGGCGGGAGGGAGAGAGACAAGAGGCGGCUGCCUCGUCGCCUCAUCCUUGGCGCCGAGGGAGAAGCCGAGGCGGCGGCCAGGAGGAGCCCCUCAGCCCAGCCUUUCCCCCUCCCUGCUCCCUCUGCUUUUUUUACUAUUCGUUAUUGUUCAUCUCGACGUUGGCAUUGUGCAAAGCAAAGCAAAACCCCACACACACCCACAGCCCCCGCUCCAGUUUUGUUCCCUUGCGGGGAAGAGAAUUUACGGGGGUGGGGAAAACGCGAGUGCUGCUGAGACGCGCAGGACGUGCCGUGUUGUUUAGAGACGCUGCUGGGAAAUCGGGGGGGACGGGAAAUGAUGUCGCUGCCGCAACGUGGCUUCUUGUCGUUGUUGAUCUCUUGCAGCAGAAAAGAGGGAGAGAGGGAGGCCUUCAGAGAAGAAAAGUGAUUUAUGGUGGAAUAAUUUGUUUCGCAGCACAUCACGAAAGCUUAUUCCGCAAUAGGCAAAACAGAAUCAAGUGGCCACAGGCCUCAUCCGUGUUUCCUCUUAAGCUCCCCUUCCAAAAAGGAACAGCAGGUUAAAGCCAAAAAAAGUGCUCUCUGCCUGCAAAUUGGGUAGAGUUUUGAAGGCUUCCCCCCACCCAGCGCAAAUGGUAGCGUGAGAAUGGGUUAAAUUUAAAAGAAGCACCUCCCUCUUGUUUCAAAUAUUUACUUUCCUUGUCGGUGCAUGGUUGAUUAGCGGGUUUUUUUUAGUAAGGACACGUCAGACAAAGGCUAUUGCUUUGAAAGUGCAGAGAGGUUUUUAAAAGAAGAAGUUUAAGGCUGCAAUCCUACACCUACUUACCUAGGAGUUAGCCCCAUUGAAUACAGUACUUCAAUGAGUAAGCCAUGUGUUUUACAGCAUUCUGAAAUGAUAGAGUGGCAUUCUGUACUACAGUACAAUCAACUUAAUAUGCUGUUUUUCAAAAAAGUUUCAACUAAGUACCUCCUGGUAAGAAAACUGCAAGAUUGAAUAAUCUGGCAGAUUUCUUGUUUGUUUUUUAGACAAUUUGCAAAGAAGACAAGCUUUGUAUCCAAUAGUGACUUAGUUCCAAGAGUGGCUUGUCUAUUUUUGUAAAUAGUCCUCAUAAACUGAUCCAGUAAGAAGGUGCUUUGCGUAUAUGUCUUUAGGUUGCAAUCCUAAUUCAUAUACAUACUGUACUUACAUUUAAUUCAGUAGGGUUUAUGUCUGAGUAGAUACAGAGAGAGUUUUGUUAAUCAAUGGACAGUGAUUCUUUAGUUUUCAUACUUGGGCUGCAGUUGGGUCCAUUUUUAUAUAUAUCUCAAUUAUGUUUUUCAUCAAGUAGUAUCUUCAGUGUCACCAAGCACUGAUUACUGUGAUUUAGACUGCUGCCUUUCACAGUGCCAUUGAAGAUACUGUCGGAUGCAAUAUAUUUUAAAUAUCAGCUGCUGGGAAUCAGAACAGAGAGGGUGCUUAGUCACUCAGGUCCCAUUUGCAGACUUCCCAUAUGUGUGUGUCUGGCUACCACUAGAAUAGGAUGCUGAAGUAGCAUCCUUUGACCUGAAUCCAGCUGGUUUCUUCUGAGGAUAUCAUACUCUAACCUUGUGAAGUAUGUGUUAACAAAAGUUUUGUAGAACCUCAAAUCCCAAUCUUCAGCACUGCACCUAUCCCUUUAGCUGCCAUUUCUUAGUGCACACCUUAGUACCAACAUAUUCCAUUCACCCAUCCUAUGAAUUUCCAAAUUUGUGCUGACAUAGUUCUAAACAUUUGUGUUGCACACAUCACCGGCAAAUAAAUAAAUAAAUAAAAAUGUGUGCUAUGGCAUUAGUGUAUGUUUGUUGGUACACCAGUUCUCAAUAACUUACUGUAAGUCAUAAGAACCGCAACUGAAAUAAUUUUUCCAAUAUUUAAGUUCUUCCAGCAUUGCUUCUUUAAAAUGAACAUUAUCUAUUUAAUUUAAUCUAUUCAAAGAGAAAUAUUGCACUUAUAUCCCAGCACAAUCAGGCAAAAUGAAUUAAAGUACAAUGUAUCCUUCAUUUUUAGUUUCCGAACCAGCACCCUAUUGGGAAGGAACAGCAGUCAUCAAUGGAGAGUUUAAAGAACUGAAAUUAACAGAUUUCGAAGGAAAAUACCUUGUUUUCUUCUUUUAUCCACUUGACUUGUAAGCAAAACACAUGAAAUAUAUGUAUAUUUUCACAAUAUAAUGCUUGCUGAUCAUAGCAGUCUUUUCAUUUUUAGGCCAAAAAAAUUGCUUAUUUAACAGGAAUAAAGACUUGGAAAAUAUAAAAUUAUGAAAGUGGCUAUGGAAAUCCCACAAAUUACAAUCCUAAGUGUUUUCUCGAUUUACUGGGGUAAUAUGUGUGAAAUUCACAAUGAUACAUGGGUGGGGGCAGCUGCGCCCCAUCAAGUAAAUAAAUAAAAUUGCCUAACUAAGUGGCCAAUUGCAUCGCAGAUAACUCGGUUCUGCCCCACCCCCCAACAUAAUUCCUGCCUCCUCCUCCCCCCCCCCAAUAAAUCCUGGCUACUCCCAUGCAAUGAUCAUCAAUCCUUGUAAUUCUGAACUUGUGUGGUCUGAUUUUUUUUGGAGUAGGACAACAGGACAGGGCCCCCAGAGAUAUGGUAGAAGUCUCUAUGCAAGCUGUUAGUUUGUAAAGGGGAUAACAGCCCAGCAAGGACUCAUGCUCAGGGCCCUUACUCUCCAGAAAUGUCCCACUAUACAUAGCAGAGCCCUGUAGCACUAUGUAGCAAGCAAAAGCAAACUCACCCAGUGGUGUGGAGCAGCAAUGCCACUUUGCUGGCCACAGAGCCACUGCAAUUUACCAAGAGCAGUGAAAUGGUGGGGAGGUUGAUGUGGUACAGGAACACUGGUAGGAGUGCUGAUUGGCUGCACCAGUGUGCCCCUAUCACACCAAUCUUCCUGCUACUUCGUCCCUCCUCCUGGUAAUUGGCAUCCAUCCCACUGCCAUAUACUUGAUUGAUUUUUUGAAGUGAAGGACAAAUAAGAUAGUUUUCUAUUAAACAUAAUAAUGUUGAACUUGACUGCUGCUUUCAGACUGGAAAUAGAAUUUUCUGUCUAGUAGUUCACUCAAAAUAUUUGCUGUAGCACCAUAUAAGUAUUUAGGAUGUCACAUAUCAAAAGCUAUGCGAACACUUCACAGAGUAUGUAGUUAUUCUGGCACUGCAAAAUGGUUGAACAGAAUACACUGCCAAAAAUGUUUAGAAUAGGAUGCUAGAGUUUUAGAAGUUGUAAUGGAAUAAAACUUGUUUUCCUACAUGCAUCCUUGAAUCAGUGACCAAUGAAGGCUAUAAAUGGGCAGGCAUAAAUAAAAGAAAAUCAUAAAUAAAUAGCUGGAAAAUUGAGUGCUCUGCAGAAAGCAGUUCAUUUCUGUUUUAGUGAUUGGUUGUAAAUAGGGAUCUGUUCUUUUUAGAAAUUUACAUUUUGGUCUCUCUUUAAAUUUAGCACAUUUGUAUGUCCAACGGAGAUCAUUGCCUUUAGUGACAGAAUUGAAGAAUUCAGAGCAAUAGGUGCUGAAGUGGUUGCUUGCUCAGUAGACUCGCAGUUCACUCAUUUAGCAUGGUAAGUCCUUUUUCCCUUUCAUUUACACAACUUAUUGGUAGCCAUUACAUUUUCUGUACAAAGCAGAAAUCUUGAUUGGAAACUUGGGACUGUUAAGUAACUGCAGCCAUCCCAUGAGUAUAGCUGCCUGGUUACAGGAGGCCUGUCAAUGGCAGGAGGAAUGUGUUGUCAGGAAACUUCCAUUUCUGGAGAAGUGCACACAGGAGAGGGUGAGGGAGAUGCAAAGACUAGAUCAGGUCCAUUAAAUUCACCACCUAUCAUGUAGAUACUGUGAAUGAUACUAAGUUGAUAGUGCAGGUAUGGAAUAGUUCUCACAGAAGUAUUUGGUGAUCUUCAUUGCUAUAGGAUUAAUACAGCUCGGAAGCAAGGAGGACUGGGUCCAAUAAAGAUACCACUUCUUUCAGAUUUGACGCACCAGAUCUCAAAAGAUUAUGGAGUUUAUCUAGAGGAUCAAGGACAUGCUCUUAGGUAUAAUGUUAACUAUUCCAUUUCCUUCUCUGUCUGCUACUCAAAUAGUUAUAGAUUAUUGUCAUAUUUUUCCUGUAUGAAGCUGUAUCAAAAUUCUGUUACAUUCAACAAAAAUCUGUGUUUAAAAAAGUUGCAAGAUCAGAAUUGCUAAUUUUACAACAGCAGUCUAUUGGAGAGAAAAACUUGACUAGAACAAGAGCACAGUUCUUAAAAGCUGGGUUAGCAAUUAGUUAUUUCAGUGGAUCUAUGACGUGCAUCGUUAGAUCCCAUAGUGAAAUAAAAUGUAUUGCUUUCGGUGAAGAGUUGAUACAGGUGUUUCGCAGACAGGUGAUAUAUGCACAGAAUGAGGUUAUUGAUAUUUGUCUUGCCAAUUUCUCUUAUAUUUAUGUUUCCACAGAGGCCUGUUCAUUAUUGAUGGCAAGAAAAAUCUUCGACAAAUCACAAUGAAUGAUCUUCCUGUUGGCAGAUCUGUAGAUGAGACUCUUCGUCUAGUACAAGCAUUCCAGUAUACUGACGAACAUGGAGAAGGUAUUUCCUGCAGGGUUAAACAUUCAGUUGCCUACACAGAAAAGAAAGAUUUCUUCUAGAUAGCAAGUAAGAAAGCUGAGACUGUUAGAUAUUUUGACAAAUUACUGUUGGUCUUAACAUUUCUAGCAAUCUUCAAUACUAUAAUACCUGGUUCCUGGUAUUAGUUGUAAAACUAAUUGAAAAGUUCUCAUUCUAUGAUUAAAUCCUACUUCAUUCAGCUACCUCAUCAUAUAUAGAUUUGUACUUGCAGAAAAUGAAUUAUUUCUUUCAUGUUCCACAAAACAAAAGGAAUAGGAAGGCAGGGUUAUUUUUAACCAUGAGCUUAAUGUCUCCUUUCCUUGUCUUCUUAGUUUGCCCUGCUGGUUGGAGACCAGGCAGUGAAACAGUAAGUUGGUGUUUAUAAAUAUAAUUGGAACAUAGUUUUUCCUUGAAUGCUCCAUUUGAAAUUUUUUAUCUUAUGUCAUGUGGGGAAUAUUAUCAGCAGGCCAAAAGCAAUGCAUGGGCAAUUUGAAUGCCAUUUGAAACCUUGCCUUUUACUUCUUCAUCUUAUCUCUAUCAGCUUUUCCAGCAUGCUUUUCUUGCUAAGAUUUUACACAGUGAAGGAAAAAUCAAGACUAAGUAUUUCCUUAAGGUGCUUGCAUGUUAGAUAACUGCUACAUGAAUAGCAUUAUUGUUGUGCAAAAACCUGCUCCAGAACUCUAUAGCAUUUCAGUAGGAUACAAAAAAUCACAAGUACUAGUAAUUUUGCACUCUUAACAUAUAACAGUAUCUUCAUUGAUCAAUAGAUUUCACAGUCUCUGAAUACAUCCACUUAGGCUACAGUCUUAUGCACAUUUAACUUGGAAUAAGUCCCAUUAAAUUCAAGGAGUUAAUUUUGAGUAGGUAUGCACAGGGCUGCAGUCUUUAUAAACAUUUUGUAGAAGUAUUUGCCAUUUAUUUCUACAUUAUAGACUUUCAGAAUAAAGAAACAUCAAAGUUGAGGAUAUUAAUCUGAGUUUUUUGGCCAGUGACUUGACAAGUGCAGCAAUGGAAUAACAUGUGGUUUAUCACAAGUGCGACUGUAGACAGGUCACAAAAGAACACUGCAUGCGUUCUCAAGACAGUUCCACAUCCCUACAGUAGUUUGUUUUGUCCAGACAUGUUACUGAAGGACACCGAUGAUUUCAGUCUUCCCCCUUAUGAUUUUGGGUACAAUCCAAAGAGCAUUAGGUGCACCUUGGUACCAGAAAAAUCCAUGGUGCUUAUCAGUGCAAUCCUAUGCUCACAUUAUGAUUGGGGUGUAUGUGUCACCAUAUCCAGUGUGUGAGGGCAAGAACACAGUCAGAAAAUAGAAAAUACAAAAUCCAUACAAGCAAGAAGCAUUAUCAAAGAUCACAGACACAUUCCAGACAAGCAAAAGCACUUGUUAGAGAGCAGGGCCAGUGAGGGGAGAGGGAAAGAUGCGAUGCAUGGAGGGCCAACGCUACCCACCCUUGGUAUACCAUAUCUGAAUUGGUGUAACUGUAGUUCUUACCAGGAAAUGUGUGUGUUGGGCAGCAGCAGGAGAGGUAGGGCACAUGCGUCUGUAGGGUACUCUGUAUCAUCAAACUAUUGUGACAUGAAAACAGGAAUACACUAAUAGCUGUAGCCAUGCCUUCUGCAUGUGUUUAGAUCAAACCUGAAGAUGCUAUGAGAAUGUGGUGGCCAAGAGAAGAUUUGUAAGUACCGUUGGGUAUUUGAGUACCUGUGUUAUCUUGGGGAACUCACUGGAGGAUGGAUGGGUCUAAUAUACAUCCAAUCAUCAGCACAGGACUUAGUUCACUUUAUACAGCAGAUAUAUAACAAACAUUAGACUAUUUUGAUUUUGAUUGCAACUUUUUUCUCCUUAUCCAGAUAAUUCCAGAUCCUGCAGGAAAACUGAAGUAUUUUGGUAAAGUGAACUGACUGCUUUCUUCUACAAUUCACAGCUAAAAAUCUGCCAAUAAAAGUUCCACUAAUUUUGAUAAUU